AUGUGGAUUUUAUUUCACAAAACAGGAGUAAUCACCCAUACAAAGGCCAUCUGCCACAUUUAUAAGCAAGAUACUUGCAAUGGAUUGGCAGUAGCUCUCAUUUACAUGCGAGGCAUGUCACCUGUCCACCGCCCACCUCCUCCCCCCACCUUCUGCUUAAUCGGACUCGCCGGAAAGCCCGAGCCCGUCCGAUUCAACCCGACCCGCGAUGGCGACCCGCUCGAGCUCCACGAGAGCGACGUCGUCUGGUCAUUCACCAUCUCCAUCGACGGCCGCCGUCGUUUCAAUCCGGAGAGAUCUGGCCUCUCGGCCCUCCUCUUGGACGACGCCCACCUCCCCGUCUGCCGGAAAUCUAGCCCCGUGGCAAUCCUGAAACAGUUACAGCAGGGGGAUAUUUCGACAAUCGGUACCCGUGAACAUCUUGGCGUGGCCGAAGAAUUUGAAGGGCUUCGGCUAGGUGGAGGAGGACGACAGUGGCAGGCCGCACGUGACGUUCUCGGUGUUCGAGGACGCCGGGAGGACACUGAAGGGCUGGGAUUUGCGUCGGGUCCGCAACACCGUGUUUCAAAAAACAGCACUACUUCGCGCAAUCUCGGUCUUGGUCGUCGCAAAUCUUCACCUAAAGCCUCAUCUUCACGCAAUCUCGGUCGUCGUACAUCUUCAGGCGAACUCGAUCUCGGUCAUAAUAGGGUGUUUCGCCAGUGUUCGGUUCGUAGGACACCAUCUUCACGCACACGGUCGGAAUUGAGAGAGGGAGAAGGGUAUUGUACUUUUGACAAGCAUCCCACUCGCUCGACGAGAAUCGAGAGAGAAAUAGGGGGUUUCGUCUCGAAGCCAGCUUGCGGUUAUCCCUCAUCUUCUUCAUUUGUGCCGUUUUGGGGUACUCAUUUUUCUGCAAUAGAGGAAAAAUUCGUCAGAUCGGAGUCGUCCCUUGCUGGUUUGUUCGCUGGCAUCGAAAAGAAUCCUCAAGGAGCUAAAGGAUCUGCAAAGGGAUCCACCUACCUCCUACAGCGCUCGUUCGAUCUUUUCAAAAAUAUUCCUCCCAAAAAAUUGUGA